AUGCUGAAAAUUACCGCCGUCUACACCAGGCGAUCCCUGGCUGAUCUUCUGGGAUUCCAACUGAGAGUGCCGGAGUCGGUGGUGGUGCAGGAGGGACAGAGCACCUUCAUCCCCUGCAGUAUCUUCUAUCCCGGGACAAACUGGAAUAGAUCUACCCCAGCCUGGGGCUACUGGUUCAAGAAAGGAGUUAAUAUUUACCAGGAUCCUGCAGUGGCCACAAAUGACCCACGUCGUGAUGUGUGGACAGACACAAGGGAACGAUUCCAGCUCCUUGGAGACCCCAAGGCCGACAACUGCUCCCUGCGCAUCAGAGAUGCACAGAGAAGUGACACAGGAGUCUACUUCUUUAGGGUGGAGAGAGGGACAUAUGUGCAGUAUAAUUACCUGAAGAACCAGCUCUGUGUAUUUGUGACAGCUCUAACAGAGACCCCUGACAUCCACAUCGUGGGGACCCUGGAGUCUGGUCACCCUGGGAACAUCACCUGUGUGGUGCAAUGGCCUUGUGAGCAGGGGGUGCCCCCCACCUUCUCCUGGAUCAGGGUGAACCUCACUUCUUUCCUGGGGCCUCAGACACCCCGCUCUUCAGUGCUCACUCUCAGCCCACAGGUAAGUGACCACGGCACCCACCUCACCUGCCAAGUGACCUUCCCUAGAGCCAGUGUGACAGUGCCCAGGACCGUGCAGCUGAAUGUGUCCUAUGCUCCACAGAACAUGUUCAUCCAGGUCUUCAGGGCCAACAGCACAGAUCCACCCGGGGGCUCCCUCGGGAGAAGCCCCAAAGGCACCACUUCCCGCAGUUCCUCCAAGAGGUCACGCCUGCCUGCUGAGCUGGACGCGGGGAAAUUUCACCUUGAGCGCCCCCAGACGUUGGAUUCUGGGGUCCUGGAGCUGCACUGGGUGGCUGCAGAGUAUGGAGGAGAGUUCACCUGCUGGGCCGAGCACCCACUGGGCUCCCGCCACAUCUCCCUGAGCCUGGCUGUGCAGGGUGAGCAAGAGCUGGACCCCUGUGCUCAGAACGGUGCUCAGGACUACUGGCCUGUAGUCCUCACCCUGCUUAGGGGGACCCUCAUGGGAAUCGGCUUCGUUCUAACCUAUGGCCUCACCCGGCUCUACUACACCAGGUGUGCGGGCUUCUGA